UCCCAGAGGCGGAAGCGGAAGCGGUGCCGCCGCGUGCGGGAGGUGGAGGCUGCCGCUCCCCGCACGUCGCGGCCGCUCCGCUCAGCUCCGGUCCGGUCCGGUCCGGUCCCGCCAUGGCUGUCCGCGCCAGCUUCGAGAACAACAACGAGCUGGGCUGCUUCGCCAAGCUCACCAACGCCUACUGCCUCGUGGCCAUCGGCGGCUCCGAGAACUUCUACAGCGUCUUCGAAGGGGAACUCUUCGGGACCAUCCCGGUGGUGCACGCCUCCAUCGCCGGCUGCCGCAUCAUCGGCAGAAUGUGUGUGGGGAACAGACACGGGCUGCUGGUCCCCAGCAGCACAACAGACCAGGAGCUGCAGCACAUCAGGAACAGCCUCCCCGAGUCUGUGAGGAUCCAGCGUGUGGAGGAGAGGCUCUCAGCCCUGGGCAAUGUCACCACCUGCAAUGACUACGUGGCCCUUGUCCACCCUGACCUGGACAGGGAGACAGAAGAGAUCUUGGCAGAUGUACUGAAGGUGGAGGUUUUCAGACAAACAGUAGCAGAUCAGGUGCUCGUGGGAAGUUACUGUGUUUUUAGUAACCAAGGAGGAAUUGUACACCCCAAAACUUCCAUUGAUGAUCAGGAUGAGCUCUCCUCACUGCUCCAGGUCCCACUUGUGGCUGGGACUGUGAACCGUGGCAGUGAGGUGAUUGCAGCAGGGAUGGUGGUCAAUGACUGGUGUGCCUUCUGUGGCCUGGACACCACCAGCACUGAGCUCUCUGUCAUUGAGAGCAUCUUCAAACUCAACGAAGCUCAGCCAAGCACCAUUGCUACCAACAUGAGAGAUUCCUUGAUUGACAGCUUGACAUGAGCAGUGUUGGUCCCUACUUUCCAGAAAGCUCCUGAGGAGUGGAAUGUCCAGCUGCACUUUGGAUCACAGCCACCUGGACCUCCUGGUGUUUCUGCAGGCCUAGUCCAAGGAAGAGGCUACAAAACCAACUCUUUCUAGUGCUUUUGUAAACUUAAAUAUUAUUACAAAACCUGACAAAUUGUGCACAUAAAUUGCAAAUCUGGAAUGCUCUCUAUCCCUUUGCUGACAUUCUCCAGCUCUUUAGCUUUCUCAUUUUGUGAUGCUGUCUGAGCCCCUCCAGUUAGCUCCUGGUAUUUACUCUUGUGGCUCUUGCUCAUUAGAGAUGAUUUUGCCUUAACAUCAGUGUUCUGCUGCCCAGCAGACUGGUUCAGCACAGCCCUGGCACUGCCCUCUGUUCCCAGACUCUUGCCAGGGUGGUGUUUCUGUUGUAGGUGAGAGCUCCUUCCAUGUCCAGUCCCAAAACCACAGUAAAUUACUUGCCACACAAUGAUUCAGAAGCCCUCCCCUCAGUUCUCUUGAGGAGCACUGUCCUGAGGCACUGUGGCAGGAGCUCUUUUUCCCUCCCUGGUGCUUCAGAUUUUGUAGAAAAGAAACUUUUUUUUUUUUUUUGUGUUGUCUGGAUGGUACCUGAGCCAGGGGCUGCCAUCUCCAGGCAGCUCAGCAAACCUUCCUGUGCCAUGGCUCACAGGCUCCUUGCUCCUACCCCUCCCAAUGUGUUUGGGGCUCCUCUGGCAGGGGGGACUGAUCCUCCUGGGCACCUGACUGCAGGGUCUCCUCCUCUGAGCUCAGUGUUUAGUGAGCAGCUGCUUUCCUUUGGCCACCUCACAGAGGGGCAGUGACUGUCACUGCUGGUGCUGGGGUGUUUUCAGCAAGUGUGAAAUGAGCAAGGCUGCAAAUGUUUCUCUUUAAUGGCUGUAAGUGCAUUCUGGCUGCUAGGCAGGGACCCUGAUUUGUAUCAGUGAUCCUGAUGUGUGUUACAUGGAAAAAAAAUCACCUCAUCUGUGAGUAAGCCAAAUCCUUUCAAGGGGGAGAUGCUGGCAGCACGCUGGGGACUGUGAUCUGGCAAAGUCAUGGAGAGCAGAGCAGGGAGCUGCUGACUGGGGUGGCUUCUCACAAAAGCUGGGAACUGGGGGGGUGAUAAAAGGGAUCCCUGUUCUGAAUGAGGGUUUUGGGGAAUUGUGAACUAAAAAGAUGGACCUAUGUACAAGGAACAGACACUAUAAUAAAGAAUGAAAUUGGGAGAGUCAUGGA